GCCGUGGCGCUGAUUUCAGCUCGCGCUGGCCUCUGCCAGACUCUCAGUGCAAAAUAGGCGGAAGCUGGCCGGCAGGCUCAGCGGAGUGGCGAUCCCCUUGCGGUUAUUGCUGUUUUGCGGUCCGAACUCCUGCCGCGCUCGGAUCCGGCUAGUUUCAUUUUCGUUUCCCGGAAGGAAGGUCUCAGAGCCCUCGCUGCUCGGCGGUUGCCCACUAGCAGAGCAAGGGGCUGGUGGGGCAUUGGGCGGAAGAGUGCGUGGCAUCCAUAAGUUCCCAGCCUCUUGGAGCAGAGGCUCCACCUGUCAUGCAGGGUGAAGUGGCAGCCAGUUCUUCAAGUCCAGUGACAGCCUCUAUUUUGCCCCAGCAUCAGGAGUCCACAUCUGCGACAGUGUUACAGCCACUCUAUGAGAGGCAAGUCUGCACAUUACCGGGCCAUCUCAGAAUCCAGCCCUCAUUAUGGAGCAAAGAUGAUGUGAUUCACUGGUUGAGAUGGGCAGAAAAGGAAUAUUCACUGAGGGAAUCAGAUGAAAGUAAAUUUGAAAUGAAUGGAAAAGCUCUUUGCAUUCUCACCAAAGAAGAUUUCAGAUUCCGGGCUCCUAAUUCAGGAGAUGUUUUGUAUGAGUUACUCCAAUAUAUUAAGACCCAGAGAAGAGCGCUUGUUUGCAGCCCUUUCUUUAACUCUCCCUUUAGGGAUACAGACCAUACACAGACCCAAAGGACCUCAGACGGCAUGAAGGGCAAGUUAGAAGGACGCCCAGCAGUUGACCAUCCACUGCCUAUGGAAUGUUUUUUUGUUACAAUGAGACAUCCAGGCCAUGCAGAACGAUCUAGAUCUUCCAUCAACACCUUUUAUGAUCCUGGGGCAAUUAAUCUUUCACAUCAAGAUUGUAGUACAGAGGUCAAUUACAGCGCAAAUGCUGUAUGCUCUUUUCCUGUGACAUCACCAGUGCCAGUCAGUGGUAAAAUUGCAGACUGCAGGUUACUCUGGGAUUAUGUCUAUCAGCUCCUCUGUGACAGUCGAUAUGAACCAUUUAUCAAAUGGGAAGAUAAAGAGGCCAAGAUCUUUCGAGUUGUUGACCCCAAUGGACUAGCCAGGCUUUGGGGAAAUCACAAGAACCGGAUGAACAUGACAUAUGAGAAGAUGUCAAGAGCUCUGAGACAUUACUAUAAACUCAACAUAAUCAAAAAGGAACCAGGACAGAAACUUUUAUUCAGAUUUCUGAAAACUCCUGGAGAGAUGAAAUCUGACAAGUCCAAUAAAUUUGACCAGCUGGACAACGAGGAGCAGGAAGGGGAGGAUUGGAAAGAAGAGGGGUUGGAAAUCUCACCCUAGCCAUGCUUAGCCAUAGUUGUUACCAAGAGGCUGUGUUGUGCAGUGGAAAGGCUUGAAAUGACAAAGUGAAGUAAAAGAUGUCUACUACAAACAGAUAGUAGUGGUCAGAGGAUUUCUGUUGUUUCCUAGCUGACCAUCUACUUUGAAAGUGCUCCUUGUGAGUUCAUGUUUAUACAUAAGUAGGGUAUUUGGGUCCAAAAAGACUGUCCCAGGAAUUAGCUCCACAUUCAUACCUUGUGCCUGGGGAUUUUACGCAUCUCAGAGAUCAGUCGAUUUUAGAAAAUAGUUUUUUAAAAUCAUAGCAAGUUGUACAGUUAUGCAGCCACCCCCACAAACCUUUGUGCCCAACUGUAAUGAAGAAGAGCAGCAUCAGGACUGGCAUGAAAAGGCACAGGAUGGCCAAUGUUAGCAAUUGCAAAAGCUACCUAUGUGCAUUAAUUAGGCUGUCAGUCUCAUAUUUGGUUAGUAUAGCAGAGUUUGCUCAGUAAUAGAAGCAAGAUAUUGUGUGCAGUAAAAUAAAUCUCCCAAGAAGUAUAUUGCCACGAGAGGAGAUCCUGAGCUUUUUGCUUGUCAUCUUUUUCUUAAGCGUUUACUUGCUUUGGUUUAUCACUAGAAGAAGAGUUGGUUUUUAUACCCCACUUUUUUCUACCCAAAGGAGUCUCAAAGUGGUUUACAAUCGCCUUCUCAUCCUCUCCCCACAACAGACACCCAGUGAAGUAGUGGGGCUAAGGGAGUUCUGAGAGAACUGUGACAGGCCCAAGGUCACCCAGCAGGCUUCACAUUGGAGGAGUGGGGAAUCAAAUCCGGUUCUCCAGAUUAGAGUCUACUGCUCUUAACCACUACACCACAUUGGCUCUCAUACUUCAUACUAUCAUGUAUAUGGUGUCACCUUUGUUGUUUUCAUUUCAAGAGCCUUACAAUUGCUGUCUUUGCUAUCCAGAGAUCCACAUCUGAUUGCAUGCCACUAGUUCCAAAUGAUGACUGGUGAUCUUAAAUGAGGAUGUAUCAAAUGACGCAUGCAGCAGGUUCACAGAUAAAUUGAAGCAGGUGCCCAUCUGAAUUUCAUAUGUUACCUUUGUGUACAUAAAGCUUGUUUCUGCACAUGGAUCUACUGCUGUUGGAUCCAGGAUGCUGAAUCUGUGGAGACUUUGGUUUGUUCUGGUUAAGGUUUCUUUACAGGUUACAGGGCACCUGCACAGGGAUGCAGUUGUGGAGAAGGAUACUGUUCCUGGGGCAAAGGGAACCUUUGCUUAUCAUCUAAGGCCAGGGUGGUUUGAAAGUCCCUGACUUACUGAUCCAUCUUGGAUUUGGGGAGCUCACUAUACUUCCCUUGCCCUUUCCUUGCAAACUAAUUUAGAAGAAAGGGAUCUCAGAAACAGCCCAACACCAAGCACAUUUCCCUGUGCAUAGUAUGACCAGUCAGUCACAGAAGUCCUGUUUAUCCAUAUUCUGAUGCCAAUGCCUGCGAUAGCAACACAAGCCUCACAUGUGCUUUGCCUAGAGCUGCUUGCAAAAGUCUCAUAUGCUUAUUUGUGAAUCACUUGGCUUGUGCUCAGCAGGGCAGAAACAGUUCAAGAAGCUUGAGAAAUACUGUUCUGAGGAAUGAAUGCUAAUCUUUUACUUGAAUUUUAGUGACUAACUGAAUGUAUGACAUUCUUGCAUUAUAUUGAAGAAUUUUGCUGCAGGAGGAGGAAAUGUAAGUUGUACCAGGUAGACAGUAAUGAGGUUUGCUGUGUCUAUUUUUUCAAAAUGGAUGAUGCUGUAAAAUAAAAUGAACAUGAACAUAAAAAAUGGUUGAUAUUUUGUAAAGUGUCUUCUGAAUUUGCAAAUAAAUUCGUAAUUUAU